AUGGCAAGUUACAAAUGGGCUGACGUUGCAAGCAGCGAAUCAUGCGCGUCCUUUGGCAGGACCACCAUGAUGCUUCUCGAGAGGAGGGAAAGAUAUAACAGAUUGUAUAAAAACUAUAAUGAACAGUCGCGCGGUUCUAAGUUUGACAACUUGCACGGCAACACCAAGUCCACGCACUUCAUGAUGAUGUCCAACGACUCGUACAUGGAUAAGAACAGUAUCCCUGAACUCCACGAUAGUAAACUUAACCUUAACAUGAAAUUGAAAAAUGUGCAGUUGAAGAACCUAUCAAACGACGACAGGGAGCUUCUGGUCGACGAUGAGAUCUUGACGCCGCUCCUAAACACAAACGAAGAUCACAUUGACGACACAAACCCGAAAUCGUUCGCAAAUUUUCUGAAUUCAACAAACGAGGAUAAGAGCAAGGACAAGUCUACGAGUUUUAAAGCAGCUCAAACCAAAGAAACCAUUCUCAAUAACAAAGAUAAAACGCCAAUUGUGAUCGAGAGGCUCAGUCCCAUGAACUCCUCACCUGCUUCGUCCACCAAAAAGGCAACUGAGGAAACGAAGAAGGUGGCGGAACCUAAACAGAAUGAAGUUACUCCGGUGUCAGAAUCAAACGAGAAAAGGACAAACCACAGUCUUAACUCGAAUUCUUACGAUGAUGAGACCAGCAAGCUGAUGAAUCCGACCAAAAAGUUUAAGGAAGGGUUGCGGAUGACUCGAACACAGAAAGAGGAAAUCUCCAAGGUUCUCCUAACAGAACUAACCAAGAGCAACAAGAACAAGGUGGUCGAGGACGCAAACAGCCGCGUUUACAGUAGAUUGAAGGAUAUCGCCAUAGGGAAAGCAACUAAGCAUUCAACUGUCAGGCAAGUUCAUGUUUUGCAGGGGUAUCAAAAUUACAUAAGGAUGAUUCCAAAGGACGAAAGGGGCCCCGACGACCCCCAAACUCCGGACUCCAGGAACGUCUCGGCCUCGAAAUUCAGGGCUAUCUACAGGACCUGGAGAACACGCUUGCACAAAUACGAUAACGUCAAAUAA